ACCUGUCACACAGUUGGACAUAGAGACACACUGACAUUCAAAUGAGCCACUGCAAGACCAUGUAUAAGAGGACAACUGUAAGAACUGCCAUGCUGAGAAGAGGCCGGAACAGCAGGGCUCGGCAUUUGGCCUGGAGCGAAACAAGGCAAGAGACAGAUGCCAUGGCAGUGAUCCAGAUAUCGGACAGGGAGGAAUGGGAAAGCCAGACAACAACACAGAUAAGUGACUUGGAGUCUGACGUGGAUUACCUGGCAAGUUCUCAGACUGUUGACGAGGUGGUGGCGUUACCCCAGACAGAACCGGUUAGAGGGGAGUCUUUCUGCCAGUGUGACCGACAGGAAGAGCUCAGCCCAGGCUUCUGUGUCAGUAGUGACUGCCUCUGUGGGGAGGAGGACGAAGGUUUUGACUGGGUAUGGGAUGAGAACGGCAAGUCCUCUGGAGCUUUCCUCAGUUGUGACAACAGGAAGGUGAGCUUCCACUCAGACUACAGCUGUGGCACAGCUGCCAUCCGCGGCACCAAGGAGCUUGCGGAGGGCCAACACUUCUGGGAAGUCAAGAUGACCUCUCCUGUCUAUGGAACUGACAUGAUGGUGGGGAUUGGAACUUCAGAGAUGAACCUAGAGAAGUUCAAGUACAGCUUUGGCAGCCUGCUGGGCCAUGAUGAAGACAGCUGGGGGCUUUCCUACACAGGUCUCCUCCAGAACAAAGGGGAAAAAUUGAAGUUCUCCUCUCGGUUUGGUCAAGGCUCCAUCAUAGGAAUGCACUUGGACACCUGGCACGGUACCCUGACCUUCUAUAAGAAUCGGCACUGCAUAGGUGUUGCUGCCACUAAGCUGCGGAACAAGAAGUUCUACCCCAUGGUGUGCUCCACAGCUGCCAAGAGCAGUAUGAAGGUGAUCCGUGCCUGUUAUACACCCACCUCCCUGCAGUACCUUUGCUGUGCCCAGCUCCGCCAAAUGUUGCCCUGCUGCCCGGACGUACUCAGUGUUCUGGAGCUGCCCCCAGGCCUACGCACCCUCCUCCACUCACAGCUAGGGUGGAUUUUCACCCUUAGGAGCAGCCCUGAAGUCCCAGAGCAGCAGAGAGACUCGCCUGAGGAUUUCGAGGAGGAGAUGAACCUGCCUUCGAGCCCUAGCCCCAUCCCAAGCCUGGUAUCCACCCUGAGUGCCUGCGCCUCCCCGAGCCCCUGCACCAGUCCAAUCCCUGACACAGCCCAGCAUCAAUGCCCCUGUCAAACAUCACCUCAAACUCAACCGUGCACUUGCCACUUCCCUCCAACUCCUCCCAGCAGCGACUAUGACAGCUGCUGCUCUGAGCCAGAAGAUUACCAAUGUAAGAGAUGCCGCUGGACAUGA